AUGCGAAUCUUAGACAAUAAGGCCUCAUAUGAGCUUGCCAGGUGUAGUCGAGUGUUUAAUCUGCAUCGACCAAAGCAUUUCCCGCGGGCUAUAAUUGACGCAACGUGCGUGGACGAUGUAGUCGCUGGUGUCAAGCUAGCAAUCCAACAAAACUGCCAGGUCGCUGUCCGCUCCGGUGGCCACUCUAUCUUUGUUUGGAGUCUCCAAAACGAUUCACUGCUCGUAGACCUUGGCAACUGGAAAGAAAUCGUCGUGGAGACAGGUCCAUUCAUCGCGAAGGUCACAUCCAGCGUCACAAAGGGAAGGGUUGAACAACCAGCUCAGAGCCUUUGGUCUCAUGUUCCCAGCUGGACACUGCCCAGACGUAGGCCUUGGGGGAUUUUUGCUCCAUGGUGGUCAAGGUUGGAAUUAUCGAAAUUGGGAUGGGCUUGUGAGCGGGUUAUCGCUGUCGAGGUGGUGACCGCACAAGGCGAGCUACUCCUAUGCAAUGAAAAGCAGAACGAAGAACUGUGUUGGGCGGCAAGGGGAUCGGGUCCUCGUACGUGUAGAUCCGCACCCCCUCUCAACACUGCUGAUAGCCAUUCCUUUCGAGUUUUCCCUGCCAUUGUGACUAGAUUCCAUUUACAACUAUUGCCAUACCUUAGCGCUGGAUUUCUUUCCUCCACGUACGUCUAUCCGUCAGCACUCUAUCGUCAAGCUUUUGGAUGGAUUCAAUCAAUCGUUCCUGAAGCUGACGAGGAUACCGAGAUAGUCAUGAUAGCCUUCUACCUGGAUUCGGAACAUGAUAUCUGCUUGAAGCUACAUUUGUGA